CUUGAUCAUGCGCUGUGUCGCCGUCACGGUGGUCGCGGUAUUGAAUCAGUGCUAGGGGAACAGUGGUUGAGUGCAGACAAGAUGCAUACUGAGCGGAAUGCGGAUGCUAACCAUUUGCUCAGUAACCACGAGACAAAUCAUUAUCACACUCCUUCCGCUAGUGAGAUUUUUCUACGUACUUUUAGAAGUGGACCUGGAAUUCCGUCUGGCCCCAUCAGCAGAAGCAAAGAAGGGGAAAGCCGUGUGCUGGUGCUGUACACGGGGGGGACCAUAGGAAUGAUGAAGGAUGACAAGAAAGCUUAUGUGCCCAUUCCGAAUGCCUUUGAGAAGUACAUCAGGCGAAUACCAUAUAUGCACGACGAAGAAUACGUCGGAACCAGAUUGUCUGCCACGGAGAAAUCCAAAUUCCUCGUUCUGCCGGAGAUGACUGAUAAGACCCGAGUCCUUUACCAUAUCCAAGAGUACUCACAGCUUCUUGACUCCAGCAACAUGGCGAUGGACAGCUGGAUACAAAUAGCUCUCGAUAUCCAGAAGUCUUAUGAAGCAUAUGAUGGCUUUGUCAUUCUCCAUGGAACAGACACAUUGGCAUACACUGCUUCAGCACUUUCAUUCAUGUUUGAAAACCUCGGGAAAACCGUCAUUGUUACGGGAUCACAGAUCCCAGUAUUUGAGUCCAGGAGUGAUGGGCGAGAUAACAUUCUGGGGGCCCUUGUCCUAGCAGGAAAUUAUGUAAUUCCUGAAGUGACAGUUUUCUUUCGGAAUAAUUUAUUCCGAGGCAACAGGACCAUGAAGAAAAGUACCGAUGCAUUUUUUGCAUUUGACUCUCCAAACAUGCCUCCAAUUGCCAAAAUUGGCAUUAAUAUAGAAGUGAAUGCACAGGCAAUUUUUCGACCGUCUACUAUUGAGAAAUUCAGAGUUCACCCAACUUUAAAUCCAAAUGUUGGCCUCCUGAGGUUGUUUCCCAACAUCACAAUUCAGGCGGUGAGAGCAUUCUUCCAGCCCCCAAUUGAAGGUGUUGUUCUGCAGACUUAUGGUGCGGGUAAUAUACCGAGCAACAGAAUCGACUUGAUGGAAGAACUAAAGGCUGCUUCCAGACGUGGCAUCCUCAUUAUCAACUGUACUCAGUGUAUUGAGGGCAGUGUGUGCUCUACGUAUGAAACAGGAAUGAUUCUGGCCCAAGCAGGAAUAAUCCCUGGGGUUGACAUGACCCCAGAAGCAGCACUCACGAAGCUGUCAUAUGUGCUGUCCAAAACAGACUGGGACCUCAACACAAAGCGUGAGUUGAUGCAGAGAAAUCUGCGAGGUGAGUUGAGCUCUGGACAAGAUGGAUCAACAAAACCAUCAAGAAUGUUAACAAACUAUGGACUUAUAACGAAGGAAGACCAAGCAGAAUUGGAGAGCGUAAUACUUCCAGCAUGUAUUAUUCAGAAUGUUAUUGAGGGCAACAUACCUGAGCUUGAGGAUUUGAAAAAUUCUGGUGCUGACUUUUCAUCUGAGAAUGGUGAUUUCAGGACACCACUCCAUAUUGCCUGUUGUGAGGGAAAUUUGGAAAUGGUGGAGUAUCUGCUGUUGAACGGUGCUUGUAUCCACAUGAAGGACAGAUAUGGCAUUACCCCACUGUUGGAUGCAAUUCAUUUUGACAAUCAUGAUAUAAUAAAAUUGCUGAUGAAAUGUGGCGCCCAUCUUCCUUUGGCUCACUCAAGAAAUGUUGGAGAAGAACUCUGCAGUGCAGCUGCUAAAGGCUCCCUGAAGAGACUGCAGUCAUUCCAGUUUGCUGGAGCUGACUUAAGUCAGCCUGAUUUCAGUGGCAACACUGCUCUCCACAUU